AGAUCAUUUAAUUUUAUGUCAUGAACCUAUAAACGACUGUAUCCAAUGCUGUUUAUUAAUGUUUUUUGGAGACUGCAACUCUAGCUGAGUGUGUAGGCUUGAGGAUGUGGCUUCUGUGGGUCCUGCUGCUAUCGCUGUUCUCUGCAGUGUCUGGGGCUGUAGACUCCAAGGCGGUCACCACCACCCUCACGACCAAAUGGGCAGAUACUCCUCUGCUGCUGGAGGCAAGUGAGUUCCUGGCAGAGGAGAGCCAGGAGAAGUUCUGGGACUUUGUGGAGGCCAGUCAGAACAUAGAAGGAGAGCAUGAUGGCACAGAUCAGGCCUACUAUGACCUGAUUGUGAAGAAGGCCAGUGUCUUGCUCAGCUCCGUCCAGGUGAACAUGCUGAAGUUCGCCCUCUCCUUGAGAGCCUACUCUGCAACAGUACACUCCUUCCAACAGAUAGCAUCCAAUGAGCCUCCUCCUCCUGGCUGCUCAGCGUUUUUCAGCAUCCAUGGAGAAAAGACGUGUGACGCAGAAAGUUUAGCUACACUGCUGAAAACAGCACCUGAAAGGCCAAAGCCAUACCUCUUCAAAGGUGAUCACAAAUACCCAGGAUCAAAUCUAGAUGCUCCCGUGGUCAUUCUGUAUGCCGAGUUUGGGAAACCAGAUUUCCAGAGGCUUCACGAAAUCAUAUCAUCGAAAGUCUACGAAGGCCUGGCAACUUAUGUGCUCCGCCAUUACCUUGCUAAUCCAAGUGGAAAGAAAGUCUAUCUGUCUGGGUAUGGAGUGGAGCUGGCCAUCAAAAACCAGGAGUACAAGGCAAAGGACGACACACAAGUCCAAGGGGCGGAGGUGAAUGCUACAGUGAUCGGAGAGAAUGAUCCAGUGGACGAGGUCCAGGGAUUCCUUUUUGGCAAACUGAAGACCGUUUACCCAGACCUGAAGGAACAGUUAAAGGAGUUGAGGAAACAUUUGAUUGAAAGCACCAAUGAAAUGGCACCUCUGAAAGUCUGGCAAAUGCAAGAUCUGAGUUUCCAGACAGCAGCUCGCAUUCUUGCGGCUCCUGCUGUUGAUGCCCUCAACGUUAUGAAAGACCUCAGUCAGAACUUCCCCACCAAAGCCAGGUCCAUCACUAGAACAGUAGUCAGCUCUGAGAUUCGCAAAGAGAUCGGCGAAAACCAAAAGUUUUUCAAAGGAACUCUGGGCCUGCAGCCCGGGGAUUCAGCCCUGUUCAUCAAUGGGCUUCAUAUAGAUCUGGACACACAAGACAUCUUCAGUGUGUUUGAGGUGCUGCGCAGUGAGGCGAGGGUGAUGGAGGGUCUGCGCUCUCUGCACAUCGAGACGCCCUACAUCCACGACAUCCUGAAGCUCAAUGUCCAGCCCUCCGAUUCUGACUACGCUGUUGACAUCCGAAACCCCGCCAUCAGUUGGAUUAACAACUUGGAGACAGACCACAGGUACAGCUCGUGGCCUUACAACGUGCAGGAGCUGCUCAGACCGACCUUCCCUGGAGUCAUCAGGCAGAUCCGCAAGAACUUCCACAAUCUGGUGAUCAUUCUGGACCCAACACAGGAGAACGCUGCUGAGCUGCUGAGUGUUGCAGAGAUGUUUUACUCUAACAACAUCCCACUCAGAAUAGGGCUGGUGUUUGUGGUGUCAAAUGAAGAUGACAUAGACGGUAUGCAGGACGCAGGUGUGGCACUGGUCCGAGCCUACAACUAUAUCAGCGACGAGGUGGACAGUCAGAGUGCAUUUGAAGCUGUCAUCUCGAUGUUUAACCGAGUACCUGUCGGUGGACAGUUGAGCAUUGGGGAUGUGGUGAAAGUGUUGGAGAAGAAGUUCCCAUAUGUGGAGGUCAGCAGCGUCCUUGGCGCCGAUUCCAGCUACGACAGCAACAGGAAGGAAGGACGGGCAUACUAUGAGCAGACGGGGGUGGGCCCUUUGCCUGUGGUCAUGUACAACGGCAUACCUUACCAGCGUGAACAGCUGGACCCGGACGAACUGGAGACAGUCACAAUGCAAAAGAUUCUGGAGACCACCUCAUUAUACCAGAGAGCUGUCUACCUGGGUGAGCUGGCUACAGAUCACGACGUUGUGGACUUCAUCAUGAAUCAGCCCAACGUUGUUCCUCGUAUUAACCCCAGAGUGCUGUCCACCAGCAGAACAUACCUGGAUUUGUCUGAUACCAACAACCACUUUGUAGAUGAUUACGCUCGCUUCUCAACUCUCGACACCAAAGAGAAGAGCACCGCAGUGGCAAACAGCAUGAACUACAUGACUAAGAAAGAUGAUGGCUACAUCCGUCCUGUGACUUUCUGGGUGGUCGGAGACUUUGACAAACCCUCAGGACGUCAGCUUCUUUAUGAUGCCAUUAGACACAUGAAAACCAGCAACAACGUCCGACUGGGGAUGAUCAGCAACCCAUCAGCCGCUCUGUCCGCUGAGACGAGCCGAGUGGCCAGAGCAAUCUGGGCGGCCAUGCAGACGCAAUCUGCCAACAACGCCAAGAACUUCAUAACCAAGUUGGCUAAAGAAGAGACUGCUGCAGCCCUGGAGAAGGGAGUCGACAUCGGAGAGUUCGCUGUCGGGGGUAUGGACGUGUCGUUGUUCAAGGAUGCAUAUGAGAGUCCCAAAUUUGACGUCCUGCUCUCCCAUGCUGCCUACUGCCGAGACGUGCUCAAACUGAAGAAAGGGCAGAAAGCAGUCAUCAGCAACGGAAGAAUCAUAGGUCCGCUGGAGGAGGAGGAGGUGUUUAACCAGGAUGACUUCCUGCUUUUGGAGAGCAUCAUUCUGAAAACGUCUGGAGAGCGAAUCAAAAGCAAAGUCCAACAGUUUGGAAUUGAGGACGACAGGGCCAGCGACCUUGUGAUGAAGGUGGAUGCUCUGCUGUCCUCUCAGCCCAAAGGAGAGGCUCGGGUAGAGUAUGACUUUGCAGAUGACCGCUACAGUGCUGUGAAGAUCCGCCCUAAGGAAGGAGACGUGUACUUUGAUGUUGUAGCCGUGGUGGAUCCUGUAACCAGGGACGCACAGAAACUAGCUCCUCUCCUAUUGGUUUUGAAGCAGCUGGUAAACGUCAACUUACGAGUCUUCAUGAACUGCCAAUCCAAACUAUCAGAAAUGCCUCUCAAAAGUUUUUACCGUCAUGUGUUGGAGCCGGAGGUGGCGUUUAAGGCCGACGGUAGUUUCUCUCCCGGCCCUAUGGCCAGGUUCCUGGACAUGCCUCAGUCUCCCCUCUUUACCCUGAACCUCAACACUCCCGAGAGCUGGAUGGUGGAGUCUGUGCACACCCGGUAUGACCUAGACAACAUCUACCUAGAGGAGGUGGAGAAUAUUGUGGCAGCAGAGUACGAGUUGGAGCACCUUUUGUUGGAAGGCCACUGUUUUGACGUCAGUUCAGGCCAGCCACCACGCGGCCUCCAGUUCACUCUGGGAACCGCCUCUGAGCCAGUCAUUCUGGAUACAAUCGUCAUGGCAAACCUGGGUUACUUUCAGCUGAAGGCAAACCCGGGAGCUUGGAUCCUGAAGAUGAGAAAAGGACGCUCUGAUGAAAUCUACAAGAUCUACAGCCAUGAUGGCACAGACUCUCCAGCAGACUCUGAUGACAUUAUAGUCGUGCUGAACAACUUCAAGACCCGGAUCAUUAAAGUCAAGGUCCAGAAGAAACCAGACAAGUUCAACGAGGAGCUGCUGAGUGAUGUGACCGAGGAAAAUGACGCUGGCUUCUGGAAAUCUCUGACCAGAGGGUUCACAGGUGGAGGAAAGGCAGAGGAGCUAAAGCAGGAGAAGGACGACGUGAUCAACAUCUUCUCUGUGGCUUCGGGGCACCUGUAUGAGAGGUUCCUCAGGAUUAUGAUGUUGUCAGUUCUGAAGAACACCAAAACCCCCGUCAAGUUCUGGUUCCUCAAGAACUACUUGUCCCCAGCGUUCAAGGACUUCAUCCCCCACAUGGCAAAGCAAUAUGGUUUCCAGUACGAGCUGGUCCAGUAUAAGUGGCCUCGCUGGUUACACCAACAGACCGAGAAGCAGAGGAUCAUCUGGGGCUACAAGAUCCUAUUCCUGGACGUGCUGUUUCCUCUCGCUGUUGACAAGAUCCUGUUUGUGGACGCUGACCAGAUUGUGCGAACAGACCUGAAGGAGCUGCGUGACUUCGACCUGGAAGGAGCUCCGUACGGUUACACUCCGUUCUGCGAGAGCCGGAGGGAGAUGGAUGGCUACCGCUUCUGGAAAUCCGGCUACUGGGCGAGCCACCUCGCUGGACGCAAAUACCACAUCAGUGCACUAUAUGUAGUCGAUCUGAAGAAGUUCAGGAAAAUAGCUGCAGGAGAUCGACUCCGAGGACAGUACCAGGGGCUCAGCCAAGACCCCAACAGCCUUUCAAACCUUGACCAGGACCUACCCAACAAUAUGAUCCACCAGGUUCCCAUCAAGUCUCUGCCUCAGGAGUGGCUGUGGUGUGAGACCUGGUGUGACGACAGCACCAAGAAGAGCGCCAAGACGAUAGACCUGUGCAACAACCCCAUGACCAAGGAGCCCAAGCUGCAGGCCGCGGUGAGGAUCGUGGCUGAGUGGGCCGAUUAUGACCAGGAGAUUAAACGUCUACAGACCAGAGUCCAGGAGAGGGCGAACCACAUAACAAAGCAGCAAAGCACAGAUGCUCACACAGAGUUGUGAGGAUCCUGCAGUGGCUGUGAUGAGGCGGUGAACUGGACUCUGUUUAAAGAGUCUGCUUCAUGAAGAGGCUCCUCUCCUGCCCUGGGGCACUGCAGACAGACUGACCACAAACCAGUGCUAAAUGGUUUAAACUGUUUUCUUCUUUUUUAUAACGUAUUAAGGUGGUCAGGUUUAAGAGGUUUUUCUCGUGAGCGUGUGUGCAAGUGGUGAGAAUGUAUUUUGUGAAAUGAAAAUAUAAAUUCUAUUUGGGUUUUUUUUGUUGUUGGUUUUCUUUCCCCUGUAAUAGAUGUCAGUCUGGAAGUUUGCACUGAUUGGGAUUCCGGUUCGGGCUGUGGUUGAAGCAAAAGGGAGGAGGACCCUAGAAAAUCUCACUGCUGGCUAAGUUAGGGUUUGAUCUCUUAACAAACCAAGCAUUUGGUGUUGGGAGAGAUUUCUUCUUGCGCACUGGAAUAAAACAGUUUUGAAGCUAGCUGUUAUGCCUUCUUCUAAAUUGGUAAAGGCUACAGGCAGAUUAGGUUUCUACUUCUAUUUUACAAAGUUCAUGUGAUGGUCUGGAAAAUCAUGCAUCAUUUGCCAGUUUUCAGGUCUAAGAAUAGGGCUGCACAAUGUGUUUGAUGUCAGUAUCAUGCAAAAGGUUUACAAAAGCACAUCCAAACACGAUAAAUACCAGGUGCUGGACCCAACUACAUGUGGAAAAACUUAUUGAAAUCAAUAUCAUGACAUUGAUGUGUUUUUUUUGUAAUCAAUGUGGCAAAUUAAUGCAAAAUAGCAGAGAAAACAAUCCAAUUGAUCUUCAAUUCAGUAGUAAGCUAUGAUUUCUCGUUAUUCAUUACAUCAGAUCAGUCUCUUCAACCUCAAUUGUUUGGGGGUUUUUUAGGACAAUUUACUGGGAAUUAUGAAUUUGUUGAAAUUUGGAAACCAAUAUAAAAUUAUUGCCCAGCCUCCCAUGUGAUUUUUAGAAAAAGCUAAAUUAAGCUCACACUAUACAAAUACACUAUACAUGAUUUUUGUACAGUGGUGAAUAUGCUAGUCAUAUUUUUUUUUUUUAAGAAUCAACUCAAUCUAAAUGUUUAGUGCUCACUCUAAACUAACAACACUUUAUGGGAAUGUGCAUGGAAUUUAGGAGUGAGUGGUAACACUCACAAUCUGAUAUCUGACAUGAAAAGUUAACCAAAUCAGCUGGCUUCAUUGAAUCCCCAGUUUCUUGUGGAAUAUCAAUAUCACUAUGACUCUCAGGGAAAGAAGUUUGAAGCUCGUGCGGGUUGCAGCUUGAGAGUACAAAUCAGAUGAUAGCGGAGUUUGUGGUACUUAAGGGAAGAGCAGCCAUGACGGGUGUUUAGCUGAAGAAUAUUUGAUUUUCUGUUCAUCGUGUUUUGGCUGUCAGAUAUUUUUGUUAAAUAAAAAUUCCCAAUAAAGAAGUUGUCCAGUG